CUCUCUCUCUCUGUCUCUCCCACACUAGAGAGAACGAGAGGACGCAUUAUAGGCUAUUAUUGGCAUUUCCUGUAUCUUCGUUCUUCGAUCUUCGAAUUGGCUAUCUGUUCAUCCAAGUCCCAACUGCAUCAAAAUCCAGCAUUUUCUUUUGUUUAAUUCAAAAAUGUCAUUUUUCCAAUUCUAUUGUUGUCAUUAACGACGAUGGUUCAGCAAGUCAGCAUAAUCGAAUAGAUUUACUCGAAUAUGCUUUCUAAAUGAUUGUUCUUCUUCGGAUUUCGCGGCAUGGGUGGUUGAGCUAUUGAGUUCGGGUAGUUUCCAGGUUUUCCAAAUCUGGGCCCUCUAUUUUUCCUGGUAAAAUCAGGGAAGAUUUUAAUCAGAUUCCCGAGUUGAUCAGUUUUCGAUAAUAUUGAGGCCCUUUCUGUAAUUUGGAUAACUGGGCGACGAAGACCAGAUGAAUUUGGUGGACUGUUUGGUGGUCUGCGAAGAGGUAUCGAAGGUAUCCGAUCCGUAUCCCAAUUUCUCGACUCUCAAGUCCAAGAACCUCACAGUCUUGUGAGGUGUUACAAUUGAGGUCUGUAACUCUAAAUUUAUGGAGAGAUUUUGGGUUUUUGCGAUCUAGGUCGUUGAGAUAAUCGUCUAUUGGGAUUCUGGGAAGAUGUAUGCGGUGGAGAGGAUCAGUAGCUACAUUAGCCGCGGCGUUUAUACAGUUUCUGGUCCUUUUCACCCUUUCGGAGGAGCUGUUGAUAUAAUUGUUGUUCAACAACCAGAUGGAAGCUUCAAGACAUCGCCUUGGUAUGUCAAAUUUGGAAAAUUCCAAGGGGUAUUGAAGACGAAGGAGAAGGUGGUUAGUAUAGCUGUUAAUGGAGUUGAAGCCGAUUUUCAUAUGUACUUGGAUCAUAAAGGGGAAGCUUACUUUCUCAGAGAGUUGGAAGGGGAACAAGGGGAACAAGGGGAAUCUGUAUUCUCUCCUUCAUCUUCCGGUGAUGAGACGGAGGAGCAGUCUCAGAAUGGAAGGAUUAAAAAGUCUAAAAGUGGCGAUUUUGAUGCUAAUCAGCCAAGCUCGCCCGCUUCAACUGAUGAGUCGAAUUCAAAGAUUUUACCGAAGACGAGUUCUCGUCGGUCUGGAAUUUUGGGGCUUGUAUUUGGGCGUAAAUCCAUGAAGGAAGACGGUAGUAGGAGCAAAGGCAGCAGCGUUGGCGCAGAGCGGAUGGGUUCGCUGGAACGUGCAGAGAUUGCGGCUGACCUUUUGGACAUGAAAUGGUCUACGGACCUUCCAACCAUCGAGCCUAAGAUGGAUAAUACUUCUAAGGAUGCUGUACCAGUCGAUGAGGUUGAUGGGGAUUUGCAGCCUAAUAACAAACAAAGCCCGGGCAGCUCGUUGCUUGGUGAUAGUAUUAACAUUAGUUCUGAUCUUCCUACUGUAAAUGUAGAAACUGAUCCCUGCAAUAAUUCUGGGUCUGGUCCUAAUAAUCCAGAGAGUCCCGAUGAGGUAAUUAGUCCAAAGGAGCCACCUUUGACAACUCCCGAGCAAUUCAUGGAGAUUUCCACGUUUGAGGCGUUUGAUAGAAGUGAGAUAAUCUCUGAAGUAUCAACAGUUAUUGACGAAUUUAGUUUAAGGAUUGCUGUUUUUGAUGAGAUGGCCGAAGGUUCUGUUUCUGAGAGUACCAUGGCUGGUUUGCAGAAUCCAGAUCUGGUCGAGCUUGAUGCAGGGCAGAGUACACAUUCCGGUAUAGAACAGUUUUCUGAUAAAAUGUCUAGUAUUAUAAGUAGUAAUAUUUCUGUGGAGAAAACUGAAAAUCGAAACUUUAACUCCUUUGCAUACUGUGAAGCGACAGAGAUCUCGACCGUAGGAAUGAAUGGCUCCUUUGCACAAGCCACUGAGACCAUGGAAUUUUGUUAUGGCAGGUGUGAGGAAGUUGAGCCUCAUGCUCGAGUUCUAUACCAGAACACUGAGCUUAUAACUGAGGUAACCCCACGACCAGAUUCUAAAGUAGUAGCAGUUGAAGAAAAUCUUUGUGCUUCAGGAAUUAUAGGAGAUGGAGAUUCCUCUGAGUUUCUUAACACUAAAACUGUUCAUGAAAAUGAGUUAACUUCUCUUAACUCAACUGCAGAGUCCCUUUUACCACCUAAUUUGCAUAGUACUUUUAAUUCUGUUGAAGUGAAUCACCAACAUACGAUGACUGAGGGCCUUUCUCAGAACGAUAAUUUGGAGAUGGGUCCAGUUGAGAUUCUGGAGAAUGAAUCCCAAACAACAGAUCUUUCUCAUUCUCAUAUAUCUGAGUAUAAUGGGGUAGAUCUUGGAAAGCCAUCAAAGGUGCUAGUGUUGCUUAAUCAAGAGGCUGGUGUCAAUGAAAUCUUUGAGUCAAUAGAAGAAGCAGUGCCACAAGGCAUGCACACCUCUUCUGAUCGCAGCAGUUCAAGUCCAGUCCAGUGGAAGGAAAAUAUUGGUCUAGAUGAUUACACAAAAGAUCACUGUCCUUCAUCGGAGUUUGUUUGUGAUACUCAAGAAGCAGUUGUUGAUUCUCUUUUUUUGAAAGAAAGCAUUCUGCCAUCAGAGGGUUCAGAAGAAGAUCAGCUUCUGUUUGGUGACAUUGAUGGCCUUGAUCCAGUUGGGGUCCAGUUUAAGGAAUCAGUUUUUCAAGAAUCCCUGCAGACCGAAAAUCAUCCAUCUCUUACCUUGGAUGGCAUUGAAGAUGACCAUGAGAGAGUCGAUCUAAAUCAUGCUUCAUCUUUGUCUCCAGGCAAGCUUGCUGAUGAGUAUACUGCAAUUAAUUUCGAAGGUUUGAUUGAGGAAUCAGGGACUAAAUCAAGCCCAGUCAGUAUUCCAAGAGCUCAUAUGGCUUCAGGGGAAAAUGGUGUGUGGCUGCCAGAAUCUUUACCGAUUAUACGGAACAUUGAUAGUCUGGAAGGAUCCAAUGCUUGUCAUCCUUUAAGCCAUUCUCUUGAUUCAAAUUCUUUAAAUUUGAAGUUAAGCCGCCUUGGGCAAGUUGUCUCGACCUUGUCAAAGCCAGAUGCAGACUCUGAGCAUAACUUAGCACAUGAACAUCCUAAAGUUUUGGGUACUCAGGCAUCUGAGGAACUUGUACUUAAAUCUACAAGCAGUCCUGUUGGGGAUCCAGAAAGGGCGAUUGUUCGAUCUGGUGGAAGCUGGAGACUCUGGCCUUUCCCAAUUGGAAAAUCAAGAACCGUGAACUCUAUACAGCCAGCUCUGAAUGACACUAAAGAUUCUGGUGGUUCGGAUUGUACUGGUGAUAUGAUCAAGGAUAAAAAUGUACCCAAAAUCAAGGUCACUAAAAAGAAGGUGAGAUCAAUCAUUCCAACAUCUGAACAGCUGGCAACCUUGAAUCUGGAGGAAGGACGGAACAUUAUAACCUUCACAUUUUCAACAGCAAUGCUGGGGAGGCAGCAGGUGGAUGCUAGAAUUUAUCUGUGGAAAUGGAAUACUCGUAUAGUUGUCUCUGAUGUUGAUGGCACAAUUACGAAAUCAGAUGUUCUUGGGCAAUUCAUGCCUUUGGUUGGAAAAGAUUGGUCACAAACAGGUGUUACACAUUUAUUCUCUGCGAUUAAGGAAAAUGGUUAUCAGUUGCUUUUCCUCAGUGCUCGUGCAAUUUCUCAGGCCCAUCUAACGAGGCAGUUCCUCUUCAACCUUAGGCAGGAUGGAAAAGCUCUACCUGAUGGGCCAGUUGUAAUUUCACCGGAUGGGCUCUUUCCUUCCAUCUUCCGAGAGGUUAUUAGAAGAGCUCCUCAUGAAUUCAAGAUAGCAUGCUUGGAGGAUAUCAAGGCAUUAUUUCCUCCGGAUUGCAAUCCAUUCUAUGCUGGUUUUGGAAACAGAGAUACUGAUGAGUUUAGCUACCUUAAGGUUGGAAUUCCCAAAGGAAAAAUUUUCAUCAUCAAUCCUAAGGGUGAGGUUGCCAUAAACCGUUGGGUUGACACAAAAUCAUACACAUCUCUCCAUGCACUUGUGAAUGGAAUGUUUCCAGCCAGGUCCUCAGCUGAGCAGGAGGACUUCAAUUCAUGGAAUUUCUGGAAAGUUCCUCUUCCUGAAAUCAAUUUUUGAAGGUACUGAAGAGAUUUCUUGGUUUCUCACCCAACCAUUGAUUCGGAUGCAGAAGUGUCGUCAUCUCAUUUCUGGAAUUCAGUACGCUAUGAUGUUCUUAUUCAUAGAUGGGUGGCAACAGAGACAAACUUGAGCGAUUAUUUGUGCUUGGGUUUGGUGAUAUGUUGGUGGCAGAAAAAGUUGUACAGCUUAGUUUGUAUUAGAGGGAUUCAGGUGUAUUCUCUAUAAGGUGACUGGAAUUUAUAAUAGUUCUUUUCAUGUGAUCCAGUUAACACUGCAAGCAUUGAUGGGUAAGCUAAUAAAAACAUGUGCAUACCCUAAAAACAUACAUGUAUCAUUGUUUCCACAUGCAAAAGCAAAUUCCUUUUUUCAA